AUGUCUUCUAGCGAAGACAACAACAAUACUAUGUCAGUUAUUUAUCGGCCUGUUGAAAAACAUGAACAGCAACAAGCCAUUGAUUUAUGGUAUAGUGUAUUUCCUACUCAAAAAGGCUUUUUCGAACGUUAUUUCGAUCCACAAGCGUCACCUAAUUACCAAGAAGGUGAUACGUUAGGUGCUUGGAUUAAUGAAAAAUUAGUUAGUGCAAUACAUAUUCGACGUCUUCAUAUUCGAUCUCGUGAUGAUAAUACAGAAUAUUUAUGUGGCGCCAUUGCGAAUGUUGCAACUUUAGAAGAACAUCGAAAACAUGGAUAUUCUCGUCAUCUUUUACGCAUGGCUAUUACAAAAAUGGAACAAAGUGAACAAUUCGAUCUAUCCGUUUUGGGUACUGGACGGCCAAAUCAUUAUUCAGUUCUUGGCUGGGAACAAAUCUCUUUACCUUCACCCAUUAGUAUUGAAUGGAGUCAUUUUAAUUCAUCUGGAGAUAAUCAUCAUCAAUGGUACUCAGUCAAUGAUAUACUCUCAUCUAAUAGUCAAGUUUUACUUGAUAUUCAUUCAAAUAAACCUCGAACUUAUCAAUUUAAUCGAUCACCAGCAACAAUGUUUCAACAUUGGACUGGAUGGAAUUGGAAUAAAGAAAAUGCUAUUGUAUAUUUAUUGCGAGAUGCUCAACAAGGCUAUAUUGUUAUAACUAAAUCAGAUAAUGUCAAUGAUGUUUACGUAUCGGAAUGGCGAGCGUCCAAUGUUGAUAUGGAAAAAAAACUCUUCAGAUUAGCAGCUAACGAAAUUCGACGACGACAACCACAAAUUAAAACUAUUCGUUUUCAUACUGUACCACAGUAUAUGACUUUAGAAGAAUUAGAAGAAUGGGCUGGCACAGUUUGUGUUAGCAAAAAUGAUCAUACGAUGAUGCGUAACAUUCGAUUAUCAAAUGAAAUCUUAGAAAAAAUAAAAGCUGCUUAUUUAAGUGGCCAUGCAACUUUUUGGACAGGCGAUUAUUUUUAA